UAUAUAUAUAUAUAUAAAAAAACUCAUAUCAAGCAUACAAGACUAAAACUAACUCAAUAAACGGGCCUAAAGGCCUUAUUGAACAUAUAGAGUAAGUACAACGCUUAUGAAAUUCAAGCCGUCAAAAAGUUCCAUAUUUAUAUCCUUCACCAUCCAUUCAUAUUUCAAAGACUCCAAUUCCUCCACUCUCUUUACAAUCAAGCAUAUCUUCAACAAGAAAGAAAUUCAGAGAAAGAUAUCACCAUCAUGUCCAUUGCCCUAGUGAACCAUAUGUGGUUCCAUUUCGUCAUUCUCUUGUCCAUCCUCACCAUUUCCCUAUCCGAGGAUCCAGCUCCCGCGGCAGCCGAUUGUGUGUACACGUUCUACAUACAAACGGGUUCGAAUUUUGUAUUCACCGGGACGGAUUCAAAGAUAAGCGUGACGUUCCGUGACUCAGCCGGAAACUGGAUCCGAAUCAACAACAUCGAGAGCUGGGGCGGGCGGAUGGGUCCGGGUUACGACUACUUCGAGGCCGGAAAUCUGGACAUAUUCAGCGGAAGAGGUCCGUGCGUACCGGGUCCCAUUUGUUCUUUAACCUUGACUUCAGACGGGUCGGGUAUGCUACCCGCAUGGUACGUGAACUAUCUGGAGCUCACCACCACCGGAGAUCACAAGUCCUGCGGCCGGCAGUUGUUCACGUUGGACACGUGGCUCCUCCCGCCGUUUUCGCUCACGGCGGUGAAGAACAAUUGCGGCAAAUCAGCGGUGGCGGAGGACGGUAGUUUUGGGUUGUCAUCGGUUGUGGGUCAUGACGUAAAUUCCGAUCAGUAACUUGCAUUAUGUUGCUCUUGUUUCUCAUGCGCGGGUUUUAUACCUCUCUUGCCAUCAUGGCAACAAUAAGAUUUGGCGGACUAAAAUAAUGGGCUUGAAUAAAUUCAGUUUUCUCUAUCUUUUUUCUCGGGUUUUUUUUUUUAUUGUUUUUUAAAUUUUUGGAAUGUGAUUUUUUCUUGUUGUUGAUAUUAUUAGUUACAUGAUCAUGUAUAAUGUAUUUUUAUGGCUUUUGGCAUUUGUGAACGAUUGAUAGCGCCCUAAAAGAAAGCUAAUAUUCAACUUAUUUCAUUUGGAUGUGAUCCGUACAAUUUGUGGCUAGC